CGCGGGGAGGAGAGGCGAGGGCUGCCUUCCGGCCCUACCGCCGGGAAUGGAGGGCCCUGUUGCCAUGGUGAAGGAGGAAGCAUCCCUCUCCCACACCCGACGCCACUUAGCAUGGGAGUUGCACGGUGGCUACGUCAAGAUUAUGCUGAUACCUUCUUCACUCAUGAAGUCUGCAUUCAUGGACAUACAGCUUUUCCUAAGACACCUUUUUGGGCCAGAAGAAUGUGCUUCUACUGGACUGCAUGCUAUAAGGUGAGUAUUGUGCCCAUUGAUCCUCUUCAGACCCACUAGCCAUGCCAGGGAUUGUGGUGUUCCGUCGCCGCUGGUCUGUAGGCAGUGAUGACCUUGUUUUGCCAGCCAUCUUCCUCUUCCUCCUUCAUACCACUUGGUUCAUAAUACUUUCCGUGGUGCUCUUCGGACUGGCAUACAAUCCCAAUGAGACCUGCUCUCUUAAUUUGGUGGACCACGGCAGAGGCUAUCUGGGUAUUUUGCUCAGCUGCAUGAUCGCAGAAGUCGCAAUCAUCUGGCUCAGCAUGCGUGGCAGCAUCCUGUACACAGAACCCCGGGAUUCGAUGCAGUAUGUGCUGUAUGUCAGACUGGCCAUCCUGGUUAUUGAGUUUGUCUAUGCUAUUGUGGGCAUUGUUUGGCUAACUCAGUAUUACAGUUCCUGCAAUGAUGUGACUGCCAAGAGUGUCACUUUGGGAAUGGUUGUCUGCAACUGGGUUGUCAUUCUGAGUGUUUGCAUCACUGUCCUAUGUGUCUUUGACCCAACGGGCCGCACUUUUGUGAAAUUACGAGCCACAAAGAGGCGACAACGCAACCUGAGGACAUAUAACUUGAGGCAUCGUUUAGAGGAGGGACAGGCUAGCAGCUGGACUCGACGGCUUAAAGUUUUCCUUUGCUGCACUCGAACAAAAGAUUCCCAAUCAGAUGCUUACUCUGAAAUUGCAUAUCUCUUUGCUGAGUUUUUUCGAGACCUUGACAUAGUCCCAUCUGAUAUCAUAGCAGGCCUAGUACUUCUACGUCAACGGCAGAGAGCAAAACGCAGUGCAGUGCUGGAUGAAGCAAAUAAUGAUAUUCUAGCCUUCUUGUCGGGAAUGCCAGUAACCAGGAACACUAAAUAUCUGGAUCUGAAAAACUCACAAGAGAUGCUGCGCUAUAAAGAGGUCUGUUACUAUAUGCUUUUUGCAUUGGCUGCUUACGGCUGGCCUAUGUACUUGAUGAGGAAACCCACCUGUGGACUCUGCCGCCUGGCCAGAUCCUGCUCAUGCUGCUGCCUCUGUCCUUCUCGGCCCCGAUAUGUACCUGGUGUCACUAUCGAGGAAGAUAAUUGCUGUGGCUGUAACGCGAUUGCUAUCCGUCGCCAUUUCCUUGAUGAAAAUAUGACUUCUGUGGACAUUGUGUACACUUCCUGUCAUGAUGCGGUCUAUGAAACUCCUUUCUAUGUGGCUGUGGAUCAUGAGAAGAAGAAAGUGGUCAUCAGUAUCCGAGGAACUUUAUCUCCAAAGGAUGCUCUGACUGAUCUGACUGGAGAUGCUGAACGUCUCCCAGUGGAAGGUCACCAUGGAACUUGGCUUGGGCACAAGGGGAUGGUGUUGUCUGCUGAGUACAUCAAAAAGAAACUGGAGCAGGAGAUGGUCCUCUCUCAGGCAUUUGGACGUGAUUUGGGCAGAGGAACAAAACACUAUGGUCUCAUUGUGGUAGGUCAUUCCCUGGGAGCAGGUACAGCGGCCAUUCUGUCCUUUUUGCUGCGUCCACAGUAUCCAUCUUUAAAAUGCUAUGCCUACUCUCCCCCAGGUGGGCUCUUAAGUGAAGAUGCCAUGGAGUACUCCAAAGAGUUUGUGACUGCAGUUGUACUGGGCAAGGAUCUAGUACCUAGGAUUGGCCUCUCACAGCUGGAAGGAUUUCGUCGGCAGCUUCUUGAUGUACUUCAGAGAAGUAACAAACCAAAGUGGAGAAUCAUUGUGGGUGCAACCAAAUGCAUACCCAAGUCUGAACUCCCUGAAGAUCCUGAAGUGAAUUCAGUGACCAGUCACCGUCUCUGGACCCAUCCCAGUGAUUUAACCAUUGCCCUGUCAGCCAGCACACCACUUUAUCCCCCUGGGCGUAUCAUUCAUGUGGUUCACAAUCAUCCUUCAGAGCAGUGCUGCUGCUGUGAUCAGGAGGAACCCACCUACUUUGCCAUUUGGGGUGACAACAAAGCUUUUAAUGAAGUGAUCAUUUCCCCAGCAAUGUUACAUGAACACUUACCUUAUGUGGUCAUGGAAGGUCUUAACAAGGUCUUGGAGAAUUACAACAAGGGCAAAACAGCCUUGCUUUCUGCAGCCAAAGUGAUGGUGAGUCCCACAGAAGUGGAUCUCAACCCGGAGUUAAUCUUCCAGAAUCAGCCCCUGCCUAGUAGACCCUCUGUGCAGAUUGGAAUUGGAAUUGGAGACAUAGCAGUGGACAGAAGGAACAGCAGCACUAAGAGUAAGGCUCAUUCUGAAAUCAGUUUGGAAGGAUUUUAUGAUGCGAAGCUUCUUUCUCCGGUGCAGAAGGAUCCGGUGGAGCUCCUGCUUCUAGACACCAAGGAGCGCCUGUCUGUAGAACUGCAGGACCGGCGUGCUCCUCUUGCUACUAUGGAGAGCUUGUCUGAUAAUGAAUCCAUCUACAGUUUUGAUUCAAGGCGCUCCUCUGGUUUUCGCAGCAUCCGUGGCUCACCUAGCCUCCAUGCAGUAAUGGAGAAAGAUGAGACUCACUGUUUUUAUAUUGAUCCAGCAAUUCCUGAGGAGAACCCCUCUCUCAGCUCACGGACAGAGCUGCUUGCUGCUGACAGCCUCUCCAAACACUCCCAGGAGACACAGCCUCCUGAAGCCCUGCACAACAGUGGUGGCACCUCUCCUCAGCGGCGAUGCAGUGAUGAAGGAGCAGGCAGUGACACAGACCAUGUUUCCAUUACGCCUCAGGAGGAACUAACCCUUCAGAAUGGGCGGCUCAGUGAUGCCCCCAGUCCACAAGUGCUGGAGUUUGCUGAGUUUAUAGACAGCCUCUUUAAUCUGGACAGCAAAAGCAGCUCCUUCCAGGACAUCUAUUGCAUGAUGGUAUCAGACAGCACUAGUGAUUUUGCGGAGAUACCCAAGUCUGUCAGUGAUCAGGAGAUCCUGCUUAGAGCACAGUAUGAGCCCAACCUAGUCCCAAAGCCCCCCAGAUUAUUUGCUGGCUCAACAGAUCCCUCCUCAGGCAUAUCAGUUUCCCCUUCUUUUCCUCUGAGUUCUUCUGGAGAGCUUAUGGACAUCACUCCUACAGGCAUGAGUAGCCAGGAAUGUCUGGCUACUGACAAAAUCCGGACUUCCACUCCCACUGGCAAUGUGGCUAGCCCUGCCAAACAAGAGGACCUUGUGAUCUCAGCCCUCUAGUAUAGGAGAGAAGGGAUUGUGGCUCAAAUAGCCAGUCCCAUACACUGAAUCAUGGAGAUAAUGCUUGGAAAAGCUGGUCAUUGGACAGGUUGAGAGUAAGAACAGAAGUGUGGGAAGGGUGGCAUUCUUUCCUAGGUGCUAUGUUAAUGGCACCCAAAUGGAUGUCAGCAUGAAUGAUGCCACAGCUUGGGUUGUGUUCUUUGUUAGGGAAAAGAUCACAGCUUAACACACCCUGCUGCAGUUAGAGGCCUUGUUCACUGAAGUUAAAUGGUUGGUUUCCCUACCUCAGCAUAUUUGAUUAAUUAAGGAGGCAGAUUCUCUGCCUUUCCUGCUGAAAUUAGGAAGUUACUGUCCACAGGCUAGAGGACCAGAGUUACAGAAGCCGAGAGAUCAGAUGUCCCACAAUCAUGUCAGAAUCAAGGGAAUUGUGACUGUGAGCCCUAUUGCACUACCACGUCACAUUUAACCCAAGCACCUGUUUAUAAUUGUCAUCAUUGAGACUUUUUUUUUAAUUGAUACAAUUUCCAGUUAUAAAGCCAUUAAGGCUGCGUUCUAGAGGAAUGCAGCCCCCCUCCCCCCUUCAACUGGGUACAGUGAGAAUUGGGAUGGGCUGUAUGUUUUGCUCCCCUGAUUAACUCUGUGUUCAGUGAUAACCAGACUUCUUCUGAGAAGAAAGAAUGCUCAUGUACUGGAGAGCUGAAGUUCAUUGCCACGUUUCUUCACCCUCUGGAGGGGUGAGAGGUCUCCUGGGUUUCACCAUCACCACUUCACAGUUUCCCCACCACUAUGAACUUAUGACAUUCCUGCCCCUGGCUGACAGGGUUUUCAUCUCUAUUUGCAUGGACUGAUUGAUUUAAACUAUUUUGUGUUACUCAAUAGGCUUGCCAGUAACUUGCAUUACACUCCACGUCCCUGUGGUACCUGGAGCCAUUUUGUCCUCAUUCCCAACCUUUUAUUCACUUGCUGUGUCAUGGCAGACCAAUGGAAGUCUGUCCUUAGUUCAGGAAAAAGAACUUUUACUGUGUUUUGAAUCCUCAUGUAUGUUUACAAAGUUACUAAAUAUUUUGGGAGAUAUUUAUUAAGCAAAUAGGGAAGAAUAUUCCUUCCCUUGCCUCUCUCAACAUGGUACCUGAAACAACUUGUGAGGUGGGCACAGUGUUGUUAUUCCAGCUCCUUAUUUGAAAGGGAGCACAGAACUAAGAGGUACAGCCUUUCAUCCCCACCCCACCCUCGUAAUAUUAGGCACAUAUCAAUGUUACUCAGCUGCAUGACUACAGCUUUUGAAAUUGCAACACAGUCAUUAGUCCUGGAACUUGAUACUGUUGACUGAAAUAGUCAGUAGUCGCAAUGGCUCUAUGUAAAAGUACAGGGAUUUCCCAAUGAUGAAAGGAGGAGUGUAAUUAUAUUUACAUAGGAAGAUAAGCAUCCUGUGAGCUUCUCGUUAUUCUAAAAUAUGAGAACGCUGGAGUAAUGUGGUAUGAGAACUCUUACUACAGGCAUGCACAAUAUGUAGUCUCUGGACCAACAGAGCACACUAGCCAUGCAUUGAAGCCCAUCAAUACUUAUUUGAUAAAUCCAUAAUUGAACUUCAGUACAUGACUAGUGUUCUGUGUUUAGCUUGGGGGCUCCGUGUAGCGAAGACCUGCACAAGAGUGGGAGAAUUUUCAUUCUUCUCACUGACUUAGCUUUAUUAACCAAGGAUGCUCUGUAGACCCAAUUUGUUAUUACCUUGCACUGUUAAGGCUGUAUGCACACAUACUUGGGAACAAGUCCUAUUGAACUCUUUGGGGCUUCCUUCUGAGUAAACUUGCAUAGGAUCAAGCUGCAAAUAUGUGGGUGUAACACAGGAUAUUCAGUUGCAUUCAUGUAAAUUACUCUACAGAAUGCAAGGGAUUCAUGAAUUGGAGCCUAUAAGUUUAAAAUGCCAGUGUUUAACAAAGACAAUAUAAAGGUAAAUUUCUUUCUACCUGGAAAUGAUUAUACAUUGAAAAUACAGAAGUUUUCAUUUAUAAAAUCCUACAUUUAUUUUUUAAAAAUUCUUAUUUUUAUUAUUUAUCAUUGACUGUCUUAAGAAUUGAGAUCUUAAAUGGGCCCUUUUUCAAAACCAAGAAAUAAUUUCCAGCUUUUAAAUCUCUUGUAAAAACUAUUUGUAAAAACUAUUUUUGAAAUAGUUGUUUUUUGUGUCCUAAGGCAGCUACUCACCUGAGCUAAGCUGACAAAUUCUCCUCCUUUAAUGAAAUAGUGGGAGAAAAUGACUAUUUUAACACAAACUCAGAAAGAUUUUACGAGAUUAUUUUAGGAAAAAUAUAUAGGAACUCUGAAGUUAAUGGCAAAAUUGGGGAAGAUAGGAAGGAGUCUUGCAUAAACUGCAAGUAUUUGUAAGAUGGGCAGGUGGCACAACCCAUGUAGUCUGUAAAAUUGCAAGGACUACCUUGAGGAUUAAGCUAUGAUCUAGUGCUAAUACUUAGCAUUUACAGAGCGUUUUAAAUCUUCAAAGCACUUUACAAAUGAAUGAAUCUUCCCAACUCUUGUGGGUCAUGGGAAUGUGUGUGUAUGGGGGAGGGCAUGUAUGUAUGUAUGCGCUACUGUAUUAUGAGUUAGGGGGCCAAACUACAUGUGAUGAUGUUUUGUGGCGGCCAUAAGGAUGCCACUGCCAUUUUCAAGUCAUUUGAAAAUUCUGUGAGAAUGGUGCUCUUCUCCCUCCUAGCACCUUUUCAGGUGCCAAAACUGGGGCAGGGGAGGAGAAGCAUGGCCAUUUCAGCACUUGAUAAGACACGUUGUGGGACAAGAGCAGCUCAGCCCACCAUGCUACAGUCUCAGUUGGGAUUGAGCCCUUGUGGCAUUUUAAAACAACUUUAAAAUGGCAGCAGCAUCCUUGUUUCCAUGAGAACUCUGUCAUGUCUAGUUUGGUCCAGAGGCAGUGUUGCCUCAGAGACUCUGCUAAGGCUAGGUGAAGCCUGUUUCUUAGGAGGUUGCAUUGGCUCAGAGAGCCAGAUUCAGAGAUCCUAGGCAGUUGAUAUGACUUUGCUUAGAGGAGGUUUGCAUUUAUUAUUCAGUGGUGAUCAGAUUGUGAAUGAUGGAUCAAGCUAUUGCACUACAAUGAUGUGCCUGACCUGAGCACCAUUUCAUUGUUGUUUCAUGGUUUUUCUUUGUUACUUCCUUUGUUAAAAUUCUUAACUCGCACCCUACGAGUGUAUGUUGCACUCUUUCUUGUCAGUGGCAGCAGGAAUUAGGCUGUCUUAGUUGUUUGUCCUAGACGAUCUCUAAGUCC